CGGGUUCAGGCGAGGUGAGGAGACAAACCAAGUUGAACCUAUGAGUAGCGGCAGUGUUCGCUGAGCAGAAACAAGCGCGAAGCGAACUGGGAGAGACGCGCCCUAUCAUCCAAUCUAUUGAGCAUAUACCGUCUUUCUAAUAACACUUUGGAGGAGAUUCACAUGAAGAAGAGGAACUUAAUCGGGCUAUUUCACUGAGAGAUGGUGGCAUUGCAACGUGAAUCACAGUCACUCGGAGCCAGCAGUCAUUAUCAAAACAACCAGAGAGUGUAUUUCUUAAGUGAGCUAUUAAACGAAACUCAAGCACACAAUCUAUGAGUUUGGCAAUUACCCGAUCACACCAGGGCUAUCCAAGCAUGAAAUACCAUACUAGACCCACCAGUAGCGUCCUCCAGGAUUUGUCUAGUGGUCCCUCCCAUCUGUUGGGACUGGAAGGCCUGGACCCGAGGCCUCUGAGCGAGGCAAUGUCCUUCACUGACGAGGCGGUCUCCAUCCUGACCUCCAGCAGCCAGCUAGCCCGUUCCCUCCUGGGCUGCACCUCUGCCCUGAAGCGGAAAGAAAGCCUAGCCGCCACCGCUAACCAUACCAACGCUAAUGCUAUCUCUAACAAUGACGGUGAGGAUGACUUUGACGAUAGCAACAGUGCUCUGCGCCGCAAACGCGAGUUCACUCCCGAUGAGAAGAAGGACGACGGCUACUGGGAUAAGAGGAAGAAGAACAACGAGGCGGCGAAACGGUCGCGUGAGAAACGACGUGCCAAUGACAUGGUCCUGGAGACGAGGGUUCUGGGGUUGUUGGAGGAGAACGCCCGACUAAGGGCCGAACUCCUGGCCUUCAAGUUCCGCUUUGGCCUAGUCAAGGACAACUCCGACAUAGCCAUAAUGCCGCUGUCCGUGCCUCCACCCAAACAUCUUGAACCGAGGUACUACCUACCCCACGAUGAUGGUUCCUACCCCCAUAACACCCCCGCCACCACCUCCCACCACCAUCCCCACCACUCAUCCUCAUACGAGGUGAGGGGAACUGGGCUGCCAGCAGGGCGUGACGUGGGCAGUAGUAUAUCCGAGGACUCUGGUUUCUCUCCUGGAAGCUCCAACGUGGGCAGCCCUGUGUUCUUUGACGACGGACUAGGGGACCACAGCCGAACAUCCCCCAGAACGGUAGAGGAACAGGGGCGUUAUGAGCCUCGCGCCUCCCUGGAGGCAGAAGGACAGUACCACGGCAGGCAGGACUCUAGCCUACCACACAAACUCCGCUUCAAAACCCCCGGUGGAGGUAGCGAAGGUGUGGAGAUACCAGCAAGGUCCCCUAAUAGUAAACGCCCUUUCCCCGUAGCUACAGUCGGACCAAACACCCAGAGGAGCCAGGCUGGAUGGUACAGUCAUAGGGGAGAGGGCCAGGCUGCAUGGCCCAGUGAGGAGGCCCGUGCUGGGCAUGAUCAGCAGCACCACUACUCCCCCUCUGGAGGGUCUGCACACAGCCCCACCACUACCACAGACUCCCAGUAUGUGGCGGAGAAUGGCACCCUCAAAUCCCAGCUCAGCUCUCUAUCGCAGGAGGUGGCCCAGCUCAAGAAGCUGUUCUCUCAGCAGCUGCUCUCCAAACUGGUCUGAGGUCAGGUUGAACACACUCACAACCUCACCUUAACACACAUUUUUACAUUUACAUACAGAGAAGAGCAACAGAGAGAUAAAGGGGUAUAGACUCAAAGAAAGUUACUUCACUUCAACCUGAACAAUGACUUUCACAGUGUCUAAGCUGAACUUGACUUUCACAGUGUCUAAGCUGAACUUGACUUUCACAGUGUCUAAGCUGAACUUGACUUUCACAGUGUCUAAACUGAACUUGACUUUCACAGUGUCUAAGCUGAACAUUGACCUUCACAGUGUCUAAGCUGAACAUUGACUUUCACAGUGUCUAAGCUGAACUUGACCUUCACAGUGUCUCAGCUGACCUCACAGGUCACAGCACUGCCCAUUUGUAUUUGAACUAGGCAAGUCAGUUAAAAACUCAUUCUUAUUUACAAUGACGGCCUAGGAACGGUGGGUUAACUGCCUUAUUCAGGGGCAGAACAACAGAUUUUUUUUUUACCUUGUCAGCUCGGGGAUUCGAUCUCGCACCCUUUCGGUAACUGGCCCAACGCUCAAACCACUAAGCUACCUGCCGCUCCAUUGAUCUCCAGCAAACAGCUACAUCAAGUGUGAAGAAGCUGAGCGAACCACAUGACAACCUGAAAACUACUUCAAUAACACAUUCUCCAGAUACGACGAUACAGUGGCCUUCACCACAAUAAAAGCACACCAGCACAGGAAGUACCAGUUACAAUAGCAAUCAGCAGUCAAAAGCAAUACUUCAGGAUACUCUGUUUGAUUCACAGUACUAUAAAACAGCAUUUAUGGGUAACUUAUAUGAUACACAUUUUUUGUAUUUAUAUUUUGAGUCAUUUAGAAGACACUCUUAUCCAGGGCGACUUACAGUAUGCGAGUGCAUACAUUUUCAUACUUGUUCGUAUGAUAUCUGAAAUACAUUUUUUGUUGUUGUACACUGAUCUGGCCUGUGUCUUUGAUACAGUUUCACAUUCUUUCUUUAGAGACUUUAAUUGAACAGGUCUUAACACACUGGAGUACACUGGUAAACCUGAGUACAUGCAGCGGUGCACACACUGGAGUACACUGGUAAACCUGAGUACAUGCAGCGGUGCACACACUGGAGUACACUGGUAAACCUGAGUACAUGCAGCGGUGCACACACUGGAGUACACUGGUAAACCUGAGUACAUGCAGCGGUGCACACACUGGAGUACACUGGUAAACCUGAGUACAUGCAGCGGUUCACACACUGGAGUACACUGGUAAACCUGAGUACAUGCAGCGGUUCACACACUGGAGUACACUGGUAAACCUGAGUACAUGCAGCGGUGCACACACUGGAGUACACUGGUAAACCUGAGUACAUG